AUGCCUCCGCCGCCGCCGCCACCCCCCAAGAGGCCGAUGGGCGGCCGCGCCGCAGCCGGAGGCGCCGCCGCAGCCGGCGCCGCCUCCAAGGAGGAGAACGUCUACAUCCCGUCCUUCAUCAGCAAGCGGCCCUUCUACGCCGGCGAGGAGGGCGCCUCGUCGUCGACCGACUACCUCGAGCACCAGCGGCUGCAGAAGCAAAAGACGGACUCGCUCGCGCAGACGGGCUGGUACGAGCGCGGCAGGAAGGCCGGCCCCGCGGCGACAAAGUACCGCAAGGGCGCGUGCGAGAACUGCGGCGCCAUGACGCACAAGGCCAAGGACUGCCUCAGCCGGCCGCGCGCGAAAGGCGCGCGCUGGACGGGCAGGGACAUCCAGGCCGACGAGGUGGUGCAGGACCUGCAGCUCGGGUGGGACGCCAAGCGCGACCGCUGGAACGGCUUCGACGCCGGCGAGUACCGCGCCGUCGUCGAGGACUACAACCAGAUGGAGGAGCUGCGGCGGCGGGCCCUCGCGCAGAGGGCCGCCGAGGAGGGCCGCGAGCUCGAGGACGGCGACCACUACGCCGAGGAGUCGGACAUGAGCAAGCACCAGCCCACCUCGACGCGGCAGCUGCGGAUACGCGAGGACACGGCCAAGUACCUGCUGAACCUGGACCUCGAGUCGGCCGCGUACGACCCCAAGACGCGGUCCAUGAUCAACGCCGGCGCGACGGCCGACAAGGCGGCCGAGCUGUUCGCAGAAGAAGGCUUCCUCCGGGCGUCGGGCGAGGCAGCAGAGUUCGAAAAGGCACAAAAGUACGCAUGGGAGUCGCAGGAGCAGACCGGCGACACGAGUCAGCAUCUGCAGGCCAACCCGACGGCGGGAGAGUUCUCCCGCAAGAAGGAGAGGGAAGAGGCCGGGAAGAAGCGCGCAGAGCAGGAGAGGAUGCUGCUCGAGAAGUACGGUGGUAGCACAAAGGAGAUGCCUGCUGCGCUCAAGGAGAUGGCUGUGACGGAAUCGGAACGAUACGUCGAGUACGACGAAGCAGGCCUGAUCAAGGGCGCCCCCACGACCAUCGCCAGGUCGAAAUACCCGGAAGAUGUCUAUCCCAACAACCACACCUCUGUCUUUGGCAGCUGGUGGUCGAAUUUCAAGUGGGGGUACGCAUGCUGCCACUCGUUCAUCAAGAACAGCUACUGUACUGGCGAGGAAGGCAAGCAAGCAUGGGAGGCUGCCGAAAGGCAAAGGACCGGCGUGGGUCUGGCUGGAGAAGAGGAGGAGGAGGCAGCGGAUGUGGCCGAGGCCGAGCCUGAGAAAACGCCGGGAGAAGAAAAGUCAUCAGAGACAACUGCCAAGAAGCGGACAGUAGAAGAGAUGAUGGGUGGUGUUUCAGAGAAGGAGAUGGAUGAGUAUCGCAGGAAACGGGCAGCGGCGGACGAUCCCAUGGCGAAGUUUAUGGGGCAAGAUGAGCUUGUACAUUAG